AUGAAGGUGCAAGUUUUGCUAACAUUGCACGGUCUUGCCAGCGUGGCGGCCGCGGCUACCUUCUUUCCACUUCUCAACCAGACGGACACAGAUGGAAAGCCUAUCCAAGCUCAUGGCGGGAACAUAAUCCAGGCUCAGAACGGCGACGGUUCUUGGUACUGGUUCGGAGAAGACAAAUCAUCGAAUAAUGGACGAUUCAAUGGAGUUUCGUGCUACAAGUCCUCCGACCUUAGCACGUGGACGAAUGAGGGACAUGCGCUGUCACCGAUCGCGAACACCAACAUAUCCGAUUCGCGUGUCGUGGAGCGUCCCAAGGUCCUCUACAACGACAAGAAUGCAGAAUACGUGAUGUGGUUCCACGGAGACUCCUCGAACUACGGUGAUGCUCAAGUUGGCGUCGCAACGAGCAAGACUAUCGAUGGCCAAUACGAAUGGAAGGGCAACUUCAAGCCUUUCGGCAACGACAGCAGAGACAUGACCAUCUGGAAAGAUCCCGAUGAUGGAUCAGCAUAUCUCAUCUUCGCCACUAGCAAUAACGCCGACUUCCAGAUUGCCACACUUGACGAUGACUACUACAAUGUCAAGGAAGCAAUCUAUACUUUCAGGGGAGUGUUUCAGGAGGCGCCAGGCGUUUUCAAGAUUGACGGCAAAUUCUACCUGAUCUUCUCACCUCAGGAUGGCUGGACUCCGACUGACAACGGCUACCACGUCGCGGAUAGCAUGUCCGGACCAUGGAGUGAUGCCACACUCCUGCAUCCCAAAGGAGCAUAUGCAUACUUGACUCAGAAUGCCUAUGAUAUUACGAUCAAAGGAUCAGAGCAGACUUUCUACCUCUACCUCGGCGAUCACUGGAAUGCGAAUAAUCUUGGAGCUUCCACUUACGCCUUCUAUCCUGUUUUAUAUGACGGCUCUGGCUUAGUACUACACCCAACUGGAGGCUGGACACUCGAUGUUGCAAAGGGUACCUGGGCCGAUCUUCCUUUCACGACAAUCACAGCCGACGACUCCACGACUCCCAAAGACCAACUGGUGCAAUGCGAGGACAACUGCGCAGGCGGGCUGGCAGCCAACAUGACCUCAACAGAGAACUCUUUCUCUUUCACCUGGGAUGGGAGCGAAGGCAACAAGGUUGUCCAGAUCCUGUACACGUAUCCUGGCGCCAAGAAUGCUUUCCGACAUAUUUAUGCCACAGUUGACGACGUCGAAGUCGAGGGCUGGGCGUUGCUCGAAACUACGAGAGCGCAGACAUUUGCCCAGCGAGCACCUAUUCCCUUGAAUCUUAAGAGUGGGAGCAAGGUCGUGCUGAAGAUGGCAGAGUCAGGAUUGGAAGUGCGAGUCGAUGGGGUGGAAAUCUACGACGCUGCUUAG